UAUUUAUAUAAUUUUUUCAUAAAUCAUCAAAAUGAGUUAAUCAAAAUGAGUUAAAUCGUCCACAUUAAUUAAAACUGUAGUGCAACCAGUUUAGUCAAUACUAAAUGAUUUUAUAAUGUAAAUAAAAUUGAAGCUCAAUGUUUAUAAGGAUUUCUCCAACCCGAAGGGCCUCAUACGCUCCGAUCCGAAAAGACUUUUUGGGAGUUUGUAAGCUCUGACCCAACGGUGUUAGAUCUUGUACCUCUGAGCAUUAGAGCUGUAUCCAACCGGGAGGAGUUGUAACUUCGCAUCAUUAUGGCUGCGGGUUUAAAAUACAUAGUCGUCCGUAUGUGACAUAAACCGGUCUGGUCGUAUAUAAAUGGAUCAAAAGCGCACUAAUAAAUGCACACUCUCUCUCGCAAUGGAUAACUGAGACUCCGUCAUGCAAACCCAGAAUCUCCCAUAGAUUUCUUAUUUCCCCUGCCGCAUCCCCUCUCUCUCCAUGGCUCCAAGACAGGCUCGCAUUCUCAGAGCUCUUCUCGUUUUCAUUAAUUCAAUGUAUAAAGGUAGGCAAUCCCUUCCUAUUCCAUCUGUCCACCUUUUAUUUUUUCCGCCAUUAAAUGCAAAAUCUCGAAACGGGUCUCCUUUAAAAUUGAUUUUUUUCUCUUUGUGAGAGUAGAGAUGUUUCGGGCGGUGCGCGUCUUCCGGCUAACUGGAGGGAAUGAAGAAACAGAGGAGAAAGAAUACCUGCUCAACCACACCCGGAAAGAUAAGAACUUUGGCGGAAAUGGAACUUCUAGAGUACUCACGUUGUAUGGAUUCGAUAUUUCAGAGCAGCACACGGGGAUUGAAAAUGGUGUCUGGAAAUGCGUCUAUAUAUUCGACUCUCAUCGCACCCAACCUCCCUUGGUUGAUUACUCUGAUGAAUGGGUUCCAAUUUCUAAACUGAUUUUCCAAGAUUUGGGUGAUGAUGUACAUGCCAUGUCAAAGCUGGAUCAGAAUGCAGAAACCUCAAAGUCAGAACAAAAUCUUGUCACUGAAGUGUGCAGUAGCAAGAGUUCAAGUGAUCACCGAUCAGGAAUGAUGACAACCAAUAUCCGUUUUCUGGAUCUCAACUCUAUACCAGAUUCAGAUGCUGAAGAGGAUAGUGACAUAUCCGUGCACAAGAAACGGAGGGCAGCACCUGAAGAUAUAGCAAGGAUUGCUUUGGAAGAUCUUGUCAAGUAUUUUGACCUUCCAAUUACUGAAGCUUCAAAAAGCCUGAAAAUUGGACUUACUGUACUCAAGAAAAAGUGCAGAGAAUUCGGUAUCCCCCGCUGGCCUCACAGAAAGAUCAAAUCCUUGGAUAGACUCAUUAGUAAUCUCCAGGAAGAAAUGCAACAGCAAAAUGAUGACAAUGAGGACGAGGCAACAACUAUAGAAGUGUCGAAGAAGAAAAGAAUGAUAGAAUUUGAAAAGGAAAGGAUAGAGAAGAAGCCAUACAUGGACAUACAAGAAGAAACCAAGAAGUUUAGACAAGACAUUUUCAAGAGAAGGUAUAAAGCUAGAGUUAUGGAGAGGGAGAGCGGGAGGAGGAAUCUAAAUCUGCCAUAAUCAUAGAUAGAUCUUCACCAAAUUUGGGAGCCUUUAAUCUUCUAUGGGAUGUUUCUUUGUGGAGCAGAAGUAGUGAGCAUGAUUAUUUCCCCUGUAUAUGUUGCCUCUCAUAGUAUUAUGUUUUGCCCCUGUCUUCUAGCAUUUAUUAUGUGUUUCCUCCUGGUUUGUAUAUUUUGUUUCAUAUUUUGGUAGUAUUUUUUAUGAGCGGCUCAGGGUUUAGCCAGUCCUAAUUAUGUUUGAAAUUCAAGUUUUAGAAGAAUAGAAUAAUUAUUAUCAUUUAAAAUUAUUUCAUCUGAGCUCAAAAUUUGUUUA